AUGAUAUCAGAGCAGGAUUCAGCUAGAACUGAUCGGGGCUCGGGGCAGCGACCGUGGGAGAGGAGUACAAAUCUCCGCAUCUCAGAACUGGUCGGCAGGUGUGCAGGCCACGCACGCACACGCACGCCCCACGCCCACGCACACACCCAGCGCAAACCUGACGCACUUAUGAAUGGGCCAUGCACGCAUUCGCUCGCACACACGCACGCAAUUGCUGUUGUUCAC